GAGCAGAAGCAGAGGCCUUAUUGCACGGAGCACGCGCCGGACCGGACCGGACCGGGACCAGGCACACCACGCACGCAGAACCCUAGAGGCAUUCCCAAGUUCGAGCAAUCGAGCUCGAGCCCCAGAGGAACGAGUCCUGCCGGACGCCGCCACACCAUCUGAAACUGACGGCGGCGGGCGGCCGCUGCUUCCUCUCCCUUCUCCGUCCAGAUCCGGCGACUGGCGUCCCUCCUCCGCCAUCUUCCCUACCCUCGACGUGGCGAUGAGCUGUGAGCCGUGAGCUGUUCCAACAUUCCGGAACUAGCAGGAGGGGGAAAUUUUGAAAAGCUUUUUCCCAACAUUAACAGGUGGAACAUAUGCUAAAGAAAUAAGGGGCAAGCGAGAAGAUGAGGCUGGUGGGUUUGACGGGUGGCAUCGCAUCUGGGAAGAGCACUGUCUCUAACCUCUUUAGGGACUCUGGUGUCCCCGUUGUGGAUGCCGAUGUCAUUGCUCGGGAUGUAGUGCAGAAAGGCACCAGAGGUUGGAAGAAGAUUGUAAAAGCCUUUGGGAAUGAUAUUUUGCUGGAAAGUGGAGAAAUUAACAGAGCUCUAUUGGGACAAAUCGUAUUUUCUGACCCAUCAAAACGUCAACUUCUAAACCGUCUUCUGGCACCACAUAUUUCUUAUAGCAUUGUCUGGGAGAUAGCAAAACUGUGGAUGAAAGGCUGCAAGGUUAUCAUCCUUGACAUCCCGCUGCUGUUUGAGACAAAGAUGGAUAGAUGGACGAAUCCAAUCAUUGUUCUCUGGGUUGAUCCAAAAGUCCAGAUUGAGAGGCUCAUUUCAAGAGAUGGAUGCUCUGAAGGACAAGCUCAGAAUAGGAUCAAUGCACAGCUUGCACUAGACUGGAAGAAAUCAGAAGCAGACAUAGUGAUUGACAAUUCUGGUUCCCUGGAUGACACCAAACAGCAAUUCCAAGAAGUGUUGAUGAAAGUCUCGGAGCCCUUGACAUGGAAGGAACGCUUGAGAUCUAGAGAUGGUCUGAUCUCUGUUGUCGUCUUUACUGCAGUGGGCGUAUUACUUGCCCAGAAGAAUCUGCUAUGAUCAUGAAGGCUUAGGGAGUUAAAAAUGUUGAUACGAUGUUUUAAAGGACUGGCACAACUAAGUAAGAACCCUUAGUAAGAACCACUAUUUUUAGUUGUCCUUACUGGAUAAUGGGUCAAGUAAUGAAAGUCUGCAUUUAGGGAUUGCUGGGCUUAGCCAAAAUCUUGUUGUACCAAAUUGUGUUGAUGGGCUGGGAAUUACAACUAUAUUCGGACUACGGGCUAUCCAUGUUCAUGUGAUUUUUUGUACCGAGUAUAAAGCAUGGCCAUGCAUGCGAAUCCGCACUGCCUAAUUAUGGAAGCCACUUGAUUAGAAGCUUGCCCUUUAGUCACAGAA